AUGAACGCCGUUCAAAGGAAUUUAUUAGAGAAUAUCUUUCGUCCUUAUCUCGAUUCUGCUUUGGUGACCGCCAUCUUGAACGACGGCCAUGAUUUCGGCGCAUGUUUAGAUAUUCUUAGUAAACUCGCUGAAGGAACAAAUUUGGUUCAAAGUUUAUUAAUUGACGGUACCGAAAAUUGCUCCGAAAACGAUAGGAAUAUUAACAAAAGUUCUAACAGUGAAACCUUCAAUAAUAGAGAGGAUAAACAAAAGUUCAGGGAUAAGAAUGGCGCGGACAUGCAUGAUGUAUUCGAGGAAUAUUCACCAAAUUUGGAGGAUUGUUUAGAUAGUCUUGAUUUGAAUGGUGAUCCUUUUGAUUCCGGAUCGCAUGCUCGAUUUCUUAAAGGUUGCUUUCCCGCAUUGUCCGAUGAAAAGGUUAAUAAAUUACUUCACGAAUAUGAUAAUAAUCUCGAAAAAAUUUUGGAUGUUGUAUUGAACGAAAUCUAUUUGGAAUCAGAACAACUUGAUUCGAAAUCGACAUAUUCGUCUUCAGUAUCUUCUGCUUCAUCCUUCGACACGAGAGAUGAAGAUUACGAUGACGAUUUAUCAUCUGAGGCACGUUUUAAACAUCGCAAGAAGAAACGACGCAGGCAACAAAAGUCCACGAGAAUUUUGCUCCACGUUAAUGGUCUCAUACAUAAUUCAAAUAAUCCUACGUCAACCGCUCAAUCAUCUGAACCGUCAUCAAAAGCUCCCCCACCUUCAUCAAUCUCGGAACCCCCUCCGCCAGCUUUCACCACAUCACGCGAGCAGAAUCAAUGGACUAAAUUCGAGAGAGAGAUUCAACAAUUAGCGAAUGCAUUUCCUACUAUCCCUCGUAAAACCAUCGCUUCGACUUUGCAUUCUAACGGAGGAAAGUAUUAUGAAACAGUAUUGAAAUUGAUUUCCAUUUGUCCGACAGUGCCGAACUGCCAACAACGAUUAUUCCACGAGAAUUUAAAUCAUUUGAAAGCUGUUUUUCCAAAUCAUGACGAGAAAAUUCUUAGAAAAGCACUUAAUGGUACCGGCUCUGCCCAAAUGGCAAGCAGUUUAUUAUUACUAUGCUAUGAUAGUGGUUACGGGAGUAAUGAUGGUAGUAAUAUUUCAAGUCCGGAUGAGCUUGAUACAGUGAAAAAUGAUUAUUUUAACGCCGAGAAAUUGAGGGGUCACAAUCUGGAUUCUGUAAAUUUGAAAAAUAAUUAUUUCAAUUCCGAAAGAUCGAAGAAACAACCGGAUUUGUCUCCAAGUCCAUUCUUACCAAACGGCGUGCAAUUUGAUCAUGAUACCGGCGAAUACAUUUUCGUUCAAGAAAUAAAGAAGAACAACGCCUCUAAUUUCCAUAUGAAAAACGAGAAAGUCCGCGAAAAAAAUCGUUCAACUUCGCCACUCUCGUCUAAUUCAUCAUCGACUGAUCUGUUUUCAAAUUAUUACGCAACUGAGUUAAUGGCAAAAAGGAAUGAGGCUUAUCGUAAGGCUGUAACAGCUUUUCGGAAGACAAAAGGGCGCGUUCAAAAUGGAGAAGGCGGGAUCGCGUUCUUCUAUUCUGACGAGGGUCGUAAAUAUGAUUCCGAAAUGAAAUUAUGGAAUUUACGUGCCGUUAGAUCAGUGGUAAAACGAGAUAGUGAGGCAAACAAAGAUCACAUUCUUUUAGAUUUGCAUGGAUUAACUGUUGCGGAAGCACUUACAGUUGUUAAAGAAGGGUUGGCACAAUGGUCUAAAGGAACGAAGCAAAGAUCUCACUCUCCAAUAAAGCCCUUAAAGAUCGUCACUGGCUUGGGUAAUCAUUCACCUAAUGGUGUGGCGAAGCUGCCCCCAGCUGUUGCUCGAAUGUUGUCUAGAGACAAGUGGGAUGUGGUUAGACAUCAGGGAUACUUUUUGGUCAGGGGUCGUCAAACAGAAGAUGUUAUAAGGUAG